CGUGUUCUGAUAGUCGAUUUGUGGAUUUGUUGAAACGUGAAUAUUUCCUGUACAAGAUCCACGCCCAGGAAGUCUUCACAAUGGCAUCUGCUAUUGGAUACUGUGCACUUCUUCUUCUCUGCUCUCAUUUGGUGUUGGGAAACAUUGAAAUUACCCAAGAUUUUGGUGAUUUUCCCAAGCUUAUAGCAUUCAUUACCAACAUUAUCAAGAAUGCAAAAUCACUCAGAGGACCGGCUUUUGGCAUAUCUACUAUACGUAUUAAACUCGAUAACCUUAAAAUUGACUUAACAUCAAUUUUAAAAACUAACGAAACAAGAAAGGACAAAAUAUUGAUACGCACUGGAGCAUUUACUGUGAAAAAUCAUGAUGAUUCAGAAGCAGAAGCACAAAGAGCUCUUAAAUUGCCAUUUAUUGGUAGCAUUACUCCAACACUGACUUUCUCCAAUACGAAAACAACUUCAACAAGUGACACGACUGAGGAAUGGGUCACGGUUCAGCCUCAAAAGGUUAAAUUGAAAGCCAGAAGUCAGAAGGAAGUGAAGUUUAAUCUUUACAGAGAAGAACUGGAGCAAAUUUAUAAUUUGGAAUUCACUGUGGAUCCAAAUACAAUAUUCACUGUAACUAGAAUUAUAACAUAUCCUUCCCUUGGCUUUUCCUCCACUUCGAGAAUAUACGAUAAGUUAAAUUUAAGAGGCUUCUUAACGAGGGCAUAUAAGCAUAAAAUAGAAUUUAAGGAUUCACAUUUCAUAAAAUACGAUUAUAAAACAAACAAGUUGAUGAUUAAGAACUACACUGCUGUGAGAAAUGUCUUUAAUGAUGUUGUCGAAGUGUCUUUGGGAAAAGAAGAGCCACUGAAGUAAAAAAAUGUUACAAAAUGUAAUAAAACAGUUUUCUAUUCUUUGCUUCG